AACCUGUAGUCAACACAUGUGUAUGUAUAUAGAUAUGCUAUCUAACAACCAACAAAUUGUGUACACUUGCCGGCGCUAGAAGCGCUACAGUUUUCUGGCUGCCGUCGAAAAAUGGAUCAUUAAAUUGUUUCAUAUUUACAUUUGCGGCAAUAUAAAUUGAAAACUGUUUAUAGUUGAACGCAGAUAUUUGACUUUAUAGACUCGAAACCAUUUCCGAAAGUGAGAGAGUAGAGGUUGCCAUCAUACCUAUGUACAUAUAUGUACGAAGCUCACUGCUAAAUACUUAGGUGGGUGGGUGCUUUUGCUGGCAGUCUGGUGCAUUUAACAUCAGAGUAUUCACGCCUACUAACCGAUAACGUUGCGGAAGUUUAUACAAUUCUGCUCCGAAUCAAAAAUAGACGUGAUUGUGAUGCUGCGUUAAGGCAAUUUUUCGCAUGCAAAAUGUUCCUAAAGAUACUAAAAGACUCAUAAGUUUUCUAAUCGCUUUCGUGAAAGUCCGUCGGUGCUAAACUCCAUAUUCAAGAACUUAAAAAGCAAAAACAAAACAAAACCGUGCAAAUAACAUUACACAAGUACAAUUAUAGUUAUCAAAAAAUACAGAUAAAGUAUCGACAGACUGUUAACUAAUAAAGAUUAUCUUAACAAGGUGAAAAUCUCCGUAGAACGAGUGUGCAUACACAUUAAUAACCAAAUAUAAAUCAGUAGCACGCGUGCUGUGUACCUGGACUGUAGUGAGUCCCGUUGCUAGAGACUGAAAGUAGUGCCUUGUCGAAGGCAGUUAUAUUAACAAAAGUUAUUGCGCCGAAUUCUACCGCGUACAAGCAGCGAAAUGGCCGGUUUUGGUGCUCUCGACUAUGGCAUUGUUGCAGUUGUGCUCAUCGCUUCAGCUGCGAUUGGCAUUUACUACCGCAUCACUGGCGGUAAACAGCAAACGACUAAGGAGUAUCUACUUGCCGGUCGUGAGAUGUCCAUAUUGCCUGUUGCCUUUAGUCUUAUGACUAGUUUUAUGUCUGCCGUCACUUUAUUGGGCGUCUCGAUGGAGAAUUACCAGUACGGCACAAUGUUUGUAUUGAUCAAUUUGUCAUAUAUAUUGUCCACACCUGUAGCUGCUUAUCUCAUACUACCCGUUUUCUAUCGCCUGAAAACAGCAUCCGUAUAUGAAUAUUUGGAGCAGCGUUUCGGCUACGCCACACGGCUAAGCGCUUCACUUGCUUUUACGAUACAAAUGACGCUCUACAUGGGCAUUGUGCUUUAUGCGCCCGCGCUAGCGCUGGAAGCGGUGACGGGACUCAAUCGAAAUUUCUCUAUAAUAGUCGUGGGUGUGGUGUGUACCUUCUACGCCACUUUGGGCGGCAUGAAGGCGGUACUUAUAACGGAUAUCUUUCAAUCACUGUUGAUGUUUGUGUCCAUCUUCAGUGUGAUCAUUUGUGCCACCAUCAAAGCGGGCAGUUGGGCUGAGAUCUGGCACGUGGCCAAUGAGGGCGGUCGUAUUAACUUUUCCGAUAUACGCAUCGAUCCGACAGUGCGCCAUACGCUGUGGACACAAAUCAUCGGCGGCACAGGCACUUAUCUGUCUCUGUAUGGCGUGAAUCAGACGCAGGUGCAACGUUUGUUAUCGACACGCACAUUGAAAUCAGCACAGGCAUCGCUGUGGUGGAAUUUGCCGAUUUUGAUGCUCUUGAGUUUCAGCACCUGCUUCUCUGGACUCUGUAUCUACUACUACUACAAAGACUGUGAUCCACUUCUCGAAGGUCGUAUUUCGUCACGUGAUCAACUGAUGCCGCUUUUCGUCGUAGACACAAUGAGCAACAUACCCGGUCUGUCGGGUCUCUUCGUUUCGGGCAUAUUCUCAGCAAGCUUGUCUACGAUUUCAUCCGCUAUUUCCUCGCUGGCGGCCGUCACUGUCGAAGACUAUAUAAAACCUUUGCUACUUUGGAAAACUAAAAUGCCGUUAAGUGAAUCGCGUAGCACAUGGUUUUCGAAAUUCUUCAAUUUGGUUUACGGUGCCGCUUGCAUCGGUUUGGCAUUCGUUGCCGGGUCUCUUACCGGUGUACUACAGGCAGCGCUCUCCAUUUUCGGUAUUGUGGGCGGACCACUCCUGGGUCUUUUCACACUCGGCAUGUACUUUACGUUCGUCAAUCAAAAGGGUGCGAUAACAGGUCUCGUCACUAGCUUGGCAAUAUGUUUUUGGAUCGGCUUCGGCACACCAAGACCAACACCACAAGCCUUGGAAUUCUCCACCGACGGCUGCGCCGUAACGCCACCUACAUCACAUGUCAGUGACUUUUUCACACAAUCCCCGACAGCGUCGUCGGAAACAGAUGAUGAGCCGCAUUAUUUCUAUCUAUAUCGCAUCUCGUAUAUGUGGUAUUCAGUUAUUGGUUUUCUCAUCACGUUAUUUGUGGGCUUGGCGUGUUCCUGGCUGUAUGCCAAACUGGGCUGGGAUUCGAAUGCGCACAUCUACACAGACAGCGCAUGUACAACCAUCAAAUAUGAUCUCUUCGUCCCACCACUGGCGAAGCGUUUGCGCAAUCGACAAGUGCCCGUUGUUGUGGUGACUGGCACAAGCUCCGAGAUGGGUGGCGGCUCAGCAACGCCAAGCACGGUAGAUGAUGACACACCCUUGCCGAAGAGUGGCCCAGAACCGCAAUUUGGCAUGCAGCAACUGGAUAGCACCGCUGGCUAUGUAAAGGAAAGGAAGAACAGUGGUGGCGAUGUGAUUACGCAAAACGGCAAUAAACAACACGUGGCCGUACAAUAGCUUAAUAUGUAUGAACUAAGGAAUUUAUAUACAAAUGCAUUUUUGUAUUCAAAUUUGUUAUUGAUUUGUGAUUUAUUUGUUUUCAUCAGUAUUGUUGAAGGUGUGGAGGCGCAUAUGAAAUAUGUCGGGAAUUUAAUUUCUUGCAAUAAAUCGCUCUGGUAGUUUUAUUAAACAAUCUA